AUGGCAUCAAACAAACAAGAACAAGCAACAUACAGCCCAUUGAGAGUGGUGGUUGCCGGAGGUGGGCCUGUAGGUCUCACCUUUGCGCUUAAUUUGACAAUGAUGAUGGGCAAACAUGCAAAAAUAUCGAUAUACGAAGGGCGAUGGUUUGUCAAUGAAGAGGGGGUAUUAGGUUGGCAAGGAGUUCAGCAAGGAAAGAUCCGUCGAGAUCAAGUCGUUACACUUCAGGAUCAUGUAAUUAACCAAAUGCCAAUGUAUGUACAAAAAGGUCUAUUUGAAAAUAUAAAUGAAUGUGUUUGGCAAACAUCUCGAAAUAUACCCAUUCGUGAAGUAGAAGAUCGAUUAUUUGCUCUAAUACAACCAUUUGUCAAAGUUGAACAAGUAGAACUAAUACCAGAAAAUCUUCAUGAACAGAGUGAAUGUUUGGUCAAAGGUAGCUUUGAUGUACUUAUUGGGGCUGAUGGCGCAAAUUCUUUUGUUCGACGGUAUUGCAACAUUACAAUGAUAUCUGAGGGAUUAGAAUAUGCUUGUGGAGUUGCAUACGAUAUUCCUGAUCAAGUUGCUGAAUGUGAUGCACCAUUACAUCAAGCACUCAACUGCAUUUUGACCAUAAGUCAAACCCGUUACCUUGUUAAUUCGUCCACAAGUCGUCGGGGCUAUUUAAAUAUCAGACUGAUUCAAAGUGAAUAUGAUGAAUUAACCGAGUGUUUACAAGUAUUCCAGACAAAAAAUGAAUCAUUGGAUUUACUUGAUUAUUCUAAAUGUCCAAACUCACCAGUAUGGUCUAUUGUUCGGCAAGGUCUUGACUUUUUUAAAAUUCACUCAAAAUAUGUCGUACGUGUUGCUCCUAUCCAAAUUAAUGUAAGACAUUCGUCAAUUGUUAUUCGAGAAUUAAGGUUUCAACAAGAAAAUAAGACUUGGAAAACAGCGUUAGCUUUCUUAGCUGGUGAUGCAGCCAUGAAUGUCCAUUUUUGGCCUGGACGAGGAAUGAACUCGGGUAUGAAAGCAGCCAUGUCUUUGGCACGUAACAUAUUGCGUAGUUGUACAUCGAAAACCAAGGAACAAAUUGAAGUUCGAACCCCGUUACGCUUCUUAGAUUUUCUAGACUAUGAAGGUUUCAUGGCACGCUUAAGAGCACGGGAGCAGCAAGGACGAUCUUUGCGUGUAUUAGUAAAUCCUAUCGAUGAUUCUAUUGAAGAAGCUUAUAAAUAUGGACAUUUAAGUUACUGUUACGUUCGCUAUACAAAUAAACUCAUGAAAAAAUUAAAAGAAACACGUCAACGAUUAGAAGAACGUCCUGAAUGGCCGCAUAAAAAUCGUCAAGUUCUUGAUGAUGAAUUACAAUUAGCCGCAAACAGAAUUUCGUCGAAUGCUGUCGCUCAACUUUCAUUAGCAAAUCCCUGGCCAACACGAGAAAUGGCCGGAGUUGAAGUACUUGUUGAAGAUACUUUUCCCUUGAAUCAACAGCAAUUUCUUCCUGUUCCAUCAAUAACCAAACAUAUUAGACGUACACCAAGUAUAUUAAUUAAGCCACGUUUGGUCACUUUAUGGAUAACAGGAUUUGGAAAUGAUAUGAACCAUAAACAUAUAAUUGAAACGAUACAAGGAUCAAAACAAUUUUCAACAAUUCAACACGAAUUACACAUUGUAAAAACAAUUGAUGAAGCAAAAGCUUGGUCAAAUGGAAAAAAAACCUCACUACUUAGACAAGAUGUCGUAUUUAAAGUUAUCACCGUUUGGCGUUUGGAGAACAAUAUGAUUGGAGAACAAGAACCACAAACAGCUGUUGAUGUAAUACGUGCUGUCCGCUCAGAUACUCCACAUGUACCCGUAUUGAUUUAUACAACAAAAAAAGAAGAAAUUCAACCAGCACUGGAAUUUCCAAAUGUUAUGGCAACUGAUUCAGAAAAUGAUGUCUAUGAAUUUGUUGGUCUGGCAUUGGAUACUCAAUGGAAUACGGGUUGUAAUGUUAAAGAUUCUAAAUCUAACUAUCCAUCAACUAUCCAUCAACCACGUAAAGAAUUUCUGCGACGUACACAUUCGAUAUCUAACUCAUAA